UUUAAUCAAAUUUGUGAGUUUAUAAUCGGUAGCAAAACUCUGACCUUCGCACCAGACAAGACUGGGAAAUAUCCAACCGCAGGCUGGUCAAUGGCAAACUCAAAUACGACAAAUACGACAAAUAUUGACAGUAAUACUGGGGUGGUAAUCGUUGGUACUGCUCAUCUGGUUAUGUCACCACCAGGCCCAGGUGGUCGGCGCCCCCCGUCUCCACCAGAAACCUCACAGCCGGACGGUCCAACUGAAAAUCCAGGAACAUCGGAGCUUGAGGUCGUCAAUAAAGUUUCAGAAUUUCUUCGGAAUGAUUACCUGAGCAAAUACGAGAAAGUCAAUCGGAAUCCAUUGAACCCCGCACAGACGCAAAUACAGAAAGUUUUUGUUAAACCUGAGUUGAGAUCUGUGGACGAUUCGUGUCAUUGUGUAGAAGGUGGUGGUCGCGAUUUGAUGUAUCGAAUCUUUGAAAGCAAUAACGUUGGCCGACCGCCCAGAAGAGUCCUUAUUUGUGGUCAUUGCUUCAUAGGAAAAACUAUGUUAUGUCAAAAAUAUGUCUACGAUUGGGCGGACGUAAACUGUAAAACUCCCGAACCUUUUGCCAACUUCAAAAUAGUGAUUCUUUUGAAGAUAUGCGAAGUGCAAGGUGAAAAAACUCUGAAGGAAAUACUUGAACAAGAAAUAUUUUGCAACCGACUUGAAGAAGAUGAAAAGGAAAAGUUCAUCAGCUACAUGAAACAACAUCCCAGCGAGUUUCUUUUCCUGUUGGACGGAGUGAAUGAAGGUGAUUUAGAACAUAUGACCGUUGUUAACAAUAUUUUGAUGGGUAAAGAUCUCAAAGACGUUUAUCUCAUCGCGACAACUCGUCCAGAGCAGAGAAAAGGUUUCCUGGAAUUUUGUAAGACUUUCAACGCGCGUUAUUGCAUUAGCAGCUAUAACGAGAAUGCUGUUAAAGAGUUUGUGUCGAAUUUUUUUGUGGACGAAACAAAAUGCAAGAGGCUCCUGGAACAGUUGGAAAACAAUAAGGAUUUAAUGGAAGUAGCAAAGACACCUCUUGUGAGAUUGGUUAUGUGUGAACUGAUGAAGAAAGAUGCACAAGAUAUGUCACUUACUCUUACAAAGGUACUUGAUAGUUAUACUGAUGUCGUUAUUCGGUUAUACGAUUUGAAAAUGGGUGAAGAAAAUGAAGAAAUAGUAAACAUCUUGAAUCGCUAUGAAUCGUUCGCUCUUUCGGAAGUAAUGAAGACGGGUGAGGAGAGCACAUCGCUUGCGAAGGAUAAAACUCGAGAUAAACUCGCUGACUUCCAGAUGGAUUCUGAAGUUGGAUUGAUUUGCACCGAAAUGGAUCAGAUGACCUGCAAAUUUGCUCACGAGAAAAUACGAGAUUAUUUUGCAGCAAGAUGGAUUGUGGAAAACUGGAGUUCGAAGAAAACACAAGAUUCACUUGAUACAAUGAUGAAUGAUUCCGAAAAUUCCGUGUAUUCAUCUGUUCUCGUCUUCGUCGCUGGCUUGUUGUCAAACAUGAAAGAUUUACUGCAUACGUUUUUAGACAAUUUUCUUAAAACGGUCAGAGAAUAUUUAGAGCAAUCCUUUUAUUGCAACAAAAUGGAUCUUUUCCUUUCCAUUGUGGCUGAAAUUUGGAAAGAGGAGAAUUCUGAGAAGAUUUUAAAGCUUUUUCAAGGUUUCGAACCAUUCAGGAAAGCCAAGGGACCGACCGUUUUUCCGUUAGAUAUGAGUCAUGGGGCAGCUCAAGGAUUAUCUCUGAUUGUCCGAGGGAUUCAAGCUACAAGACUUAACCUCAGUGGGAUAAAAAUAUCAAAUGAAGUAGCGUCUAUCAUUGCCGCCAAAUGCCUGAAGAAAAAUUGCAAAGUAAAAAGCGUGAAGUUCAGUAACUCUUAUCUUUAUCCCGAGGCAAUAAAGGUGGUUUGCAAUGAGUUCAAGAGCAUGCUAAGUCUUAAAGAGGUUGAUCUAACAUGUGGCCAUUUUGCCACGAAUGAUGGACUACACGCGAUUGCUGACCUCUUAAACGACCUGCCUGGAAUAACUUCCUUGCAUCUUGAAAAUAACCCUGAUCAAUCGAUCGAAAAAGAACAGAUUGAAUCACAACGAGGAAUCUCAAGACAGGAAAGUCUAAUUAAAUAUACCCAUCUUUCAAAGUUUCAAGAAGAACGUCAGAAAUCUUCUCCUGGUGAAGCGGCAAUAACAGCUUUAAUUAAUGCAAUAGUGAAUGAAGAAUGUGAACUAGAAGAUAUUUCAUUGCCUUCCUUUUGUGUUGGUGACCUCAUCUACAAGUGGUUGGAAGCUUUUGUUGAAAAUCAACAACUAAAGCGAAUCAAGCUCCACUUGAAGAAAUUAGACAAAAGACUUUGGUAUGAAUUGGUUAAGUUUGCAAACAACAUGCAAGAACUUGAGAUAAUGAGUGUGGUUCUUGAGGAUGAGGAAUCAAAUCGCUCUGAAUAUGAAACAUACUCAUCACUCAGUGAUAAAACUAAAGGCAAAAUCAAGGUAACCAUAAAGGACCACACACAAUCAACUAAGAUUUUGUCAGCAUCUUGAAUUCUCAAAGUGGCAGCAGUGGGCUUACAAGGUAGCUCUUACCUAACCUCAAGAAAAAAACAUCUUAGAACAGAGAACAUUUUUUUAUUAUAAUAAUUUAUAAAGAUUUACAAACAUUUUGCAUCGCAUAAAGAUGAUAAA